GAUAUGAUACAACUAUAGAAUAUAGAUUACACACACAGGAAGACUCUUGACCUUUCAUCUCAACGUCCACCAUCCCACGUGGCAGCUCCCUUCACCAAGAGAAAUCUCACACGGAGAGACAGCUCUGGGAACUUGAAGCUCGAUCUGUCUGUCUUUUUCUCUCUCUGAUCAUCCAUUCAUGGCGGUCAGUGCAUCCUUUUCAGCUGCGGUAUGUGUUCGCGGGAUCGAAUCCAACCACUUCCUAUCCUCUGAACCUCGCUUUGCCGGCGUUUUUCCCGCCAGAAAAUCGCUCACUGUCGUCGGCAUGGCACCCAAAAAGAAGGUGAACAAGUUGGACAACGGCUGGGAGAAGCAGUGGUUCGGAGCGGGCAUAUUCUACGAAGGGUCGGAGGAAGUGGAGGUGGACGUGUUCAAGGAGCUGGAAAAGCGAAAGGUUCUGAGCAACGUCGAGAAGGCCGGGCUUCUGUCCAAAGCGGAGGAGCUGGGCUUCACUCUCUCCUCCAUCGAGAAGCUCGGGGUGUUCUCCAAGGCCGAGGACCUGGGCCUUCUCAGCUUGCUUGAGAGGGCCGCCGGCUUCUCGCCCUCCGCUCUCGCCUCCGCCGCUUUGCCAGUGCUGGUGGCGGCGCUGGUGGUAGUCGUGGUGAUUCCAGACGAUUCUCCGGGGCUGGUGGCUGCGCAGGCCCUGCUGGGCGGGACACUCGCGGCCGGCGGUGCUAGCUUGCUGGUUGCGUCCCUUGUGCUGGGUGGUUUACAAGAAGCUGAUUGAUUUUCUUUUUCUUCUUGUCUUUUCUUUUGGAUUUUGUAGUGUAAGGUGUUGCCAAUAUGUGCUGAGAAAUGCUAACUUUUGGGACACGGAUUUGCAAUAGAUUGGGGAAUGAGAUAGGAUGGCAUGGCAUGUAUAGAGAUCAAAAAUACUGUCUAUUUUUGCAAUGUAUAGAUUAUGGCAUGUUUCUUAUA